UCUUACAGGUUUAAUGCAGACCCCAGAAUUUUCAUGUCUGGAAUGGUCACCAGAUGAUAAGAUGAUCACUUAUGUUGCGGAGAAAAAGAGAAUUAAAGCAAAAAACUUCCUUACGCCUUUUGAAGGUGAAGGGGAGGAUGGUCGCGGUCAAGAGUAUGUCCAUCUUAAUGAAUGGGGAGAGCAGCUUGAGGGAAAACACAAGAGUGUGGUAUGCAUUCUGAAUGUUGACUCAGGUGAGCUGUCGACUCAUGACCUUCCUGACGAGCUGUGUCCUGGCCAGCUAGUGUGGGGUCCAGGGGGAAAUGGUAUCAUCGGAGUGGCAUUUGUGAGCAAACCUUAUCGUCUAGGGUCUCGUCUAUUGCCCCAACAGGGAGUCCAGGCUCUUUCACAUGGAUUUGGAAGGCAAAUAUACUCAGAUCAGCCAGGGCUUGAGCAACAUCCGCAGUCCACGUCUCAGUCCCGACGGCUCACGUAUUGCCUUCCUGCGGUCAACCAUAGGGGGACCCCACGCCAAGUCAGCCCAGCUUUGUGUCAUGUCAUGGCCUAGCAAGGAGGAAAAAGUAGCAGUUGACGUGGUCCUUCGUGAGCAGAAGAUUGAGGAAGGCUAUACAUUCAAGGGUAUCUAUGGCUACUCUGGGUUACCUGCCCGGUGCUGGCUCAGUGACAGCAAGCGGCUCCUCUUCUCUUCAUUCAAGUUUGAUAACAUUGUGACCUAUGUUGUUAAUGUGGGUGAGUUUUAGGAUGAAUUUUGUUUG